AUGCAUGCGAGCCUUUCGGCAGACAUUGAACUUGUCUCUGCGCUUAGCGCCCAGGAUCGCUAUGAUUACAUUGUCGUGGGAAGCGGGAUGGGAGGAGGAGUAGUCACUCGAAAACUCGUCGAAGGCGGCCAGCGAGUCCUUUUGGUUGAAAAGGGAGAUUUGUUGUUCACAACACACUGCUUAAACACCUCUCGUCCUCAUUGGCCGAAUGGCAGCCAUCUCUUAAAGUCCAGCCAAGAAGUGAUUCCGAAGACGAUCAAAGACAAGGGCAUCCAAGACGCCGCCACUCCAGUUUAG